UGAAAUAUUUAUCCUUAAAAAUUCAUCCUCAUCCACAGUUGAACGGAAACUUAAACAUGAUCUAUAUCUGUGGGUAUUAAAGCAGGUCAGUAGUAUUUCCAUAAGCCAUCCCCACAGCAAAAAGAAAAAGAGGAGCUCUGCAGGGUUCACAGAGGAUUCAAACCAGACCGUCUCAUGCUCUCGCUUGUCAUUGCGCGCGUCAGAGCAGAGGGAUGAAGCGGACUGAAGCAACAGCUGCAGACACUGCAGUGGAAACACGCUCCAUGAGAUCCCCAUGCAAUGCGCUCGCUGUCAGCUCCUCUUCUGAGUGCAGUUUUCACAGUUGAGGAUCCAGCAGGAGAUGCGCAUUAAAAAGGAGCUAUAGUGGAUCAGGAUCAGACGGGAUUAAAGUCCUCGCAUUUGUUUGCAGUUUGCGGGGUUAAUUAUGUUCCAUCAGCUGACGGAUCAAAACGUGAACGGCAGCUGCCAGGGAGACAUCUCAGUGUGCAACAAGAGCGCCGAUGGAGACGCGCUCCAGCUGCCCACUUUCUCCACCGCAGCCAAAGUCCGAGUGAUCAUCACCUUCACUCUGUGCGCGGUGUCAGCCGUCUCCAACUUGGUCGUGCUGUGGGCUGCCGGCAACGGCGGCAAGCGCAAAUCUCACGUUAGGAUCCUCAUCAUGAACCUGACGGUGGCGGACCUGCUGGUGACUUUCAUCGUCAUGCCCGUGGACGCGGUGUGGAACAUCACGGUGCAGUGGCAGGCGGGAGACGUCGCCUGCAGGCUGCUCAUGUUCCUGAAGCUGGUGGCGAUGUACUCCUGCGCCUUUGUGACCGUGGUCAUUAGCCUGGACAGACAGUCGGCCAUCCUCAAUCCUCUGGGGAUCAGCGAGGCAAAGAGGAAAAGCAAAAUCAUGUUGACUGUGGCGUGGACGAUGAGCGUCAUCCUCUCGCUCCCUCAGAUAAUCAUAUUUCACAAUGUCACCAUCACAGUCCCGGAGAACUUCACCCAGUGCACCACCCAUGGCAGUUUUGUUCAGCACUGGCAGGAGACUCUCUACAACAUGUUCACCUUUGUGUGCCUCUUCCUCCUGCCUUUGGUCAUUAUGAUCUUCUGUUACACACGGAUCCUCAUUGAGAUUUCGAGCCGCAUGGCCCGGAACAAUCUGGUGUCUCGAGAUGUUCACCUACGUCGCUCCCACAACAACAUCCCCAAAGCUCGGAUGAGGACUCUCAAGAUGAGCAUCGUCAUUGUGACAUCAUUCAUCAUCUGCUGGACCCCUUACUACCUGCUGGGCCUGUGGUACUGGUUGUUCCCUGAGAAGAUGGAGGAGACGGUCUCGCAUUCACUGACUCACAUGCUGUUCAUCUUUGGCCUCUUCAACGCCUGCCUGGACCCCAUCACGUACGGUCUGUUCACCAUUCAUCUCCACCAGGGUCUGAAGAGGUGCUGCCGGAACUCAAACACACGGACAGAACUAGAAAACAACACCUGCCUCAUGCACAUGACCCGUCUGUCGUCUCACGGGCAGACCGCCUCAGGUGGCCACAAUUUAAACAGAGAGGAGAGGAACGGCGGCAACAGCACGAAAAGUUGUUCAAGACCAAUCAUCCCAAUAAGCAAGAUGUAACGGCUUAAAGCAUUUCAAUAAAAAAAGAAUAUCAGCUGCUGCCAGUGAGCGUUUGAGUGUCUCUCUCCAGAGAUGACAGAUUGAUGAUUUUGCUUUGAUAUUCUUAAGCUCAACGAAAAGUAAACGUUCUUCUUGUCUGGCGGGUCUGUUUUCCUUUUCGUUUCACUGAUGUAAUCGACGCUGUAUUAUCGGUCAGACAUGGAUUAGUCCAUCCAUCUGUCACACAUCAUGUCUUGGAUACCACUGAUCAGACGUUUCAUUAUCCCACACCGUCACAGUGGGGGUUUAAAAAAAAAAAAGAAGACUUUGAAUGACAGAUUGAAAGACAAUAGCUCACUGUGCUUUACCCAAAACAAACACAGACGAACACUCAACACAUAAACACAACUGUUGGGUUUCAGUGUGAAGAUGUGAUUGUGUCAUUUGUUAUUCCAUGUGUUUGAAACACAGAAACAAAAAAUGUAAAUGAGCGAUUACGGAAAACCAAAAAGACAUGAACUGUAUGAGAUAAGAAACAAAGUCUGCACUUAUGGCAUGAAGGUUUCAGAGAGAUGAAUCACUUUGGUAACUGCUUUGUAACCUUUUAACUUAAUGUAAUUUUUAUUUGUUUUGCACGAUAGAGUUUUGUUGGCACACAGCCUUCUUAAUUUAACUGCUUAUUGUCU